CGCGGUGCAAAGCUGGUCAUGAUAGACCCUGGUAGUCUGGCAAGUAAGUGCUAACUGCGACCACAGGGCCCAGCUUUAAUAUUUUUUCUAUUAAAGGAGGAAAUAUCGCAGGCUGAGUGAGCGAUGAGGCGCUGUCUCUUGCUGCUCCCUGCGCUCCUGCUGCUGCUGGCUCUGCCCGACACCAGGGGGCGCUACAACGACGACUUCGAUGACGGAGAGGACCUGGCCGAGUUCGACGACAACGACUUCGCCGAGUUUGAGGACGUUGCCGAGGAGCCGGCGGUCGAGGCGGAGAAAGAGCCUCCGACCAGACCGGCGCCUUCGUCUGCUCCCGAGGAGGACGACGAGGAUGAAGCCACGGUGGAGAACGAGGACGGGCAAGACGAGUUUGAGGAUGGAGAUGGACAGGAUCAGGACAUUUACAGCAUAUAUGACAACGAGGAGUUUGAGGGCCACGAUACGACCAGCCCCUCUAACAAAGACACACUCAUCUACAGAGAGGUCCCAGCACAUCUGCAGAACAGCUGGGAGAGCUACUACAUGGAGAUCCUGAUGGUGACGGGCCUCCUGGCUUACAUCAUGAAUUACAUUAUUGGCAAGAACAAGAACAGCAGGCUGGCUCAGGCCUGGUUUAACUCGCACAGAGAGCUGCUGGAGAGCAACUUCGCCCUCGUUGGUGAUGACGGGACGAGUAAGGAGCCCACCAGCACGGGGAAGCUGAACCAGGAGAACGAGCACAUCUACAACCUGUGGUGCUCAGGACGUGUCUGCUGCGAGGGCAUGCUCAUUCAGCUCAAGUUUCUUAAAAGACAGGAUCUGCUGAAUGUGCUGGCCAGGAUGAUGAGACCUGCUUGUGAUCAAGUGCAAAUCAAAGUAACUCUGAACGACGAGGACAUGGACACGUUUGUGUUUGCAGUGGGAAACCGGAAGGCCAUGGCGCGCAUGCAGAAGGAGAUGCAGGACCUGAGUGAGUUCUGCGGGGACAAGCCCAAGUCGGGGGCAAAGUACAGCCUCCCUGACUCUCUGGCCAUCCUAUCAGAGAUGGGCGAGGUCACGGAUGGAGUGAUGGACAGCAAGAUGGUACAUUACAUCACCAACCAUGCCGACAAAAUAGAGUCCAUCCAUUUCUCGGACCAAUUUUCUGGUCCAAAAGUUAUGCAAGAGGAGGGUCAGCCCUUAAAGCUCCCUGAGACCAAGAAAACGCUGCUGUUUACAUUUAACGUGCCUGGAAUGGGUAACACUUCUCCCAAAGACAUGGACAGCCUGCUGCCACUCAUGAACAUGGUGAUCUACAGCAUCGACAAAGUCAAGAAGUUACGCCUCAACAGAGAGGGGAAGAUGAAGGCAGAACGGAACCGCGCCCGUGUUGAGGAGAACUUCCUGAAGCAGACUCACGCUCAGAGGCAGGAAGCUGCACAGACACGUCGGGAGGAGAAGAAGAGAGCGGAGAAAGAGAGGAUCAUGAACGAGGAGGACCCUGAGAGACAGCGUCGCCUAGAGGAGGCUGCUCAGCGUCGAGAGCAAAAGAAAAUGGAGAAGAAGCAGAUGAAGAUGAAGCAAAUUAAAGUGAAAGCCAUGUAAAAAACACACACACACACAGCUUCCAUAGCUGCUGGCAUCUGAGAAUGUAUCCACUGCUUCCAUUGAUUGCUAAUAUCCAAACUUGUAACUGUCCGACAGCUGUUCACUAUCAGGUCGUGUUUUAUUUAAAGAAAAUGUUUCGAAUUUGAUUCUUUGCUGCUCCACCGCUGUCCAGUCGUGACCGAGUGAGUCACUGGUUUAUUAAUGAUGUGUGUGAAUGUUUCCAGUCAUUGAGAGAGUUAGUCCUGGGGUCGUCACUCUUUCUCUCAAAGCGCUGGUGUAGAUGCGAAAGCUGCACCUCCUAGUCUUUUAAAGACCAAAUGUAGUGGAAAGUGAAAUCCUGAUUAAUUGGAAUAAAAACUGGAGUUGAAUUUGAGAUUUGCAGUUUGCAAGAGAGCGAUCUAAAAUCUGAAACUGAAUUUCACAAUUAAGGGUUGGUGACUUGUUUAAAAAUCAAAAUGAAGUGCACAUACAACAAUCAAUCAAUCAAUAAAUAAAGAAAUAAAAAGCAUUCGUCCUAUUUGGUAAUUCACAUUUUUAGAUUCGCUUUCAAAGUAACGUCCAGGUAGCAUCCAGGCAAAAGCAGUCGAACAUAAAAAUCCUUUCUCUUUUUCCAGAUGAAUUCUAUCAUACUUUUAUUUUGAAUUUCAAGCAUUUAAUCACACACUCAUAAGUGUGAAGUUCAGUUUGAGAUUUUAGAUUGCUGUGUUACAAACCAUCGAAUUGAAUUUCAGCUGGUAAUGAUACAAAUUCUAACAUUCCGAUUGCAUUUAAAUUAAAAUUGCUAAUGGCCUGAUUCUAACUCCAUAAAUAAAACCUGCAGCCCUUAGCAGAAAAACAAAACAAAAAACCCAAACACUCCUGGUUUAGUAACAGCAUCUGAGCAGCCACCUUUAAUAAGUACACUUUAAUCUGUGAGAGAUUAUUAGAUAUAGGAUGUAGGACCGUGUGAAAGCAAAUACACUACCUUUAAAUCUAGUACAUGAAGAGAGAUCUUUUAUUUAGUCAGAAUUUUAACAGCAGUAUAUAUGUGUAGCUUUGUGCCAAUAAUGUGAAAAUGAUGGGAAAACUUUAAAAUUGGUUUAUUGAAGCUACUAAACUGCCGGUGAAAUAUUAGCUUUAGCGUUCAAAGUCUGUUUUAUUUUCUUGAUCCUAAUCCAAUUUAUUAUCGAGUGGAAAGAAACAAUUCAAAUGUUAUAAGUUUUAAUAAUGAGAGAUGAAUUCUGUUAUCCCCAGAUUAAAUAGAUUCCCAAUAACCACUUUUAAAAGUACAGUUUGUAAGGUUUAGAAAUAAAAUUAUACAAUUAUUAGAAGUCUAGAAACAAAGAUGGUUAGAAAUAAAAACUAAUGAUAAAGUGAAUUGCAAUAUGACCAUGCACUGGAUCUGGUCUAGUUGAUUGAUAUCAGGCUUCUGUUAAAAUAUUUCUGGCCCUGAAAUUAGCGCCACCCCCAUUUUCUCAGCUCUGCUCUUUUUUUUUUUUUUUUUUUCCUUUUUCUUUCCUUUUUUGUUUUUUUUUAAAUACCUCUUUACUCACAAGAGUUCUAAUAAAGGGAAUGGGAGGUCUUGAUGUUUUGAUUUCAAUUACAGCCCAUCUCUCAGGCUGCAGAAGACUCUAGAAAUGACAAACCACUCCUUUAAGUGUGUGUUUUUGUGGAGACGUAGAACUGCCGCUUCCCCGGGCCAGUUCUCUCCUGUAGGUCAGUACGGAACUUCCACAUCACCUGAACGCUUCCCUUGAUCCUGCAUUGAGCUGUGCAGUGUGUAAGGGUUCUUCCAUAUCACAGGGUGAUGUCACUGUAAAACCACGCCUCACCUGUCUCGUCACGAUCUUCACACCUCAGAGCUCAGAGCUGUAGUUAUCCUGCUUUCACCAGCUGAUUUGUUUUUAGCAUGAACCGGGUGAGUGAGGAAGCACACGGCGUGUUUUAUAAUACUGUACGCUUGCAAAAUCUGCCAAUUCAGCUGUUUUCUAGACAAAAGACAAUUUUUCUUUUUAUUAAUGAGAAAGGGCUCAGCGUGUCCAUGUCAUCUUUGACCCACUACAAUCAAUUUACGUAUUUAAUACAAGUUUUUUUUUUUUUUUUUUUUUUUUUUUUUUUUUAAGAUUUAUAUUUUACGUUUGCGGUUCAUCUGUCACAUGGACAUGUUUGUUAAUGCGCAUGAGAGGCGCUUCACUUCAGCCUGUUUCUGUACUAUUUGUCUUUUUGUCCAAAGAGACACUGAGCAAAACUGAAUAAAACAUGCACUGAACAAUUUAACUAAAA